AUGCUUAGAUUGCCUUUGCAUUGUUAUUACUACCACGAGGAACAGCAACGUGGUAGUAGAAGUAGCUGUGGCGGUGGUAGUAGUAGUAAAGUUUGUAACUUUGAGCCGUUGUUUAAUCUUCUUGAGGAUGUGUUGAGUUCCGCUAGAGCGAUUCAGUUGGUAAUGCAUGAUGAUGCUUGUAAAGCUGUGUUAAUGGAGGAUCAUACAGCUAGGGAGGUUAGAGAGAUGGUCGGAGACGAAGGGUUUUGGAACGAGGUGGAGGCGGUUCACGGUUUGAUCAAGCUUGUUAAAGAGAUGGCUCGGAGGAUAGAGGCAGAGAAGCUUCUCGUAGGGCAAUGUCUCCCUCUAUGGGACGAGCUAAGAGCUAAGAUCAAAGAUUGGGACUCUAAGUUCAAUGUAGGAGAAGGACACGUGGAGAAGCUAGUCGAGAGGAGAUUCAAGAAGAGUUAUCAUCCGGCUUGGGCUGCUGCGUUUAUACUCGACCCUCUUUACUUGGUAAGAGAUAGCAGCGGGAAGUAUCUCCCUCCGUUCAAAUGUUUGUCUCCUGAGCAAGAGAAAGAUGUUGAUAAGUUGAUCACAAGGCUUGUGUCUAGAGACGAAGCACACAUUGCGUUGAUGGAGCUUAUGAAGUGGAGAACGGAAGGGCUUGAUCCAAUGUACGCGCGUGCGGUUCAGAUGAAAGAACGUGAUCCGGUUUCGGGUAAGAUGAGGAUAGCGAAUCCUCAGAGCAGUAGGCUUGUUUGGGAGACGUACCUUAGUGAGUUCAGGUCACUAGGGAAAGUUGCGGUGAGGCUCAUUUUCUUGCACGCCACUACUUGUGGGUUCAAAUGCAAUUCCUCGCUUUUGAAAUGGGUGAACUCGAACGGGAGGUCUCGUGCGGCUAUAGAUCGAGCUCAGAAGCUGAUCUUUAUAUCGGCGAAUUCGAAAUUCGAGAGGAGAGAUUUCUCGAAUGAGGAGGAUAGGGAUGCAGAGCUGCUUGCUAUGGCUAACGGUGGUGGUGAUGACCAUUUGCUAAAUGAUGUUCUUGCUGAUACAUCUUCGGUGUGA